UGGUGUGCCGUCCUCUUCUGCUCCAAGUCAAACUUGGCACAUGGUGAACAAAACAAGGCGUGUUUCUGACACAAACAACAGAGAGCAGAGUGCAUCCUUGUACACAGCUCAGGCCCCCACCAUGCCUCUCCUCUCACAGUGUCGUUUCUGUAAGGAUACUCUCACUCUUCGUGCUCUAGUCAACACACGUUAUGGUGAGAUGGUUCCUCUGAAGGCAUGUCCAGGCAGGUGAAAGGAUGGUUUCCAUCACAGGGAAGAGCAGAAGCUUUGUGCUGCUUCUUCUUUCACUCCCACAAUCGAUCUUUCCCCCUCUGCCCCUCUUCUUCUUCACUGUAAUAACCGUUUCUGUCUGGCCUGCUCUCGCGUUAGCCGCCCUGAGAACACCAAAAGCUGGGACUCCUCUCGUUGGCGACACAAACAAAUCAACCUCCAUCCUGCCAGCUACCAUUUCUACUGCUUUUACCGAUUCUGAAAUCAAAACAUCCUCACCACCCAAACAGUCCUCAAACUACUUUUCUCUUACAGCCGUUACCCCAUCUUCUUUGUCAAAAGAGUCACUCUUUGACCAAACAGCCCGCAAACACUUCCUCAUAACCUCACCCACAGCUUCUACAAAAGCUGUUUCCCCUCAGUUCGGCAAAAAAGCCUAUCUGAGUCCUUGUUCAGGCCAUUGUCACCCUGUAGCUCGCUGUCUUCCUCGGCCCCUAAAACAAAUUUCACGGUUGCAACCUCACCCCUGUAAACGUUUAACUCUGUCCGUCAAAACUAUGGCACCUCCUUCACACAAAAACCUUCAAUCUUCUCUAUCCAAAAUGUCUCUGUAUCCUGCAUCUUCUAAAAAACGUCCUCCUCAGCCUUCUAAACCUCACUCUCCUGUCUCAUCAGCCUCCAACUCGACUUUACCUCCAAAAGUUUUGCCAUCUUCUAAUUCUUCAAACAAGCUUCUCUCUCCUGUUUCAACGUUGUCGUCUCCCACAAGAUUCUUGUCUUUAUUCCCAAAAACUUCACCAACUCCUCAUGCCAAAAUUUCACCCAUCCCGCUCCUCAAAACCUCACCACCUCCCUCAGAAGGAACAACCUUCCGCCAGCCCAGGCCACCUCGUCUUCGCUCCAUCCCUCACACCACAGGUCCACUGUUUGAACACCAGCCUUUCAUUGUUAGCUGGAACAUCCCUGGUCUGGUGUGUAACAGAUACAACAUCUCGCUGGACACCUCGCCCUUUAAAGGAGUGGCCACACCUGCUAAGGUUCCAGGCCAGUUCCUGUCUCUGUUCUACACAGAUCGACUGGGUCUUUAUCCACAUAUAGACCUCACGAGUAGGAAACAGUUCUAUGGUGGCAUUCCUCAGAGAGGUAACCUGAAAGCCAGCAUGAACAAGGCCAGAGCAGAUAUUAACUACUACAUCCCAUCCAAGACAAGCCGAGGCUUGGCUGUGAUAGACUGGGAGGAAUGGCGCCCCCUAUGGGACAGAAAUUGGGGCACUAAGAAAAUCUACCAGACUUUAUCUGUGGCACAUGUUAUGAAGACAAACCGCUCCCUCACAAUGCAGCAGGCCACAGAAAAGGCCAAACAACAGUUCCAGCUGGCAGCCAGAAGUUUGAUGUCAGGGAUGUUGGCAAUGGGGAGAGCUAUGAGACCCAACUAUCUCUGGGGCUUCUACCUGUUUCCUAACUGCUAUAACUAUGGCUGGUUGGAGCCACACUACACAGGCAGGUGCUCCAAGGAGGUGAGGAUGCAGAAUGAUGAGCUGCUGUGGCUCUGGGAGUCCAGCACUGCCCUCUACCCCUCUGUUUAUCUGCAGGCUUCGUUGGCAGACAAUCCCAGAGCUGCACUGAUGGUGAGAAACCGUGUCCAGGAAGCUUUGAGAGUGUCCACCCUGCCAAGACGGAGUGGCACUGCGCCCGUGUUUGUUUACAUGAGACCUGUUUUUGUUGAUCAGAACAGACGCUUCCUCAGCCAGGGGGACUUGGUCAGCACCAUUGGGGAGAGUGCAGCAGUGGGAGCGUCUGGUGCUGUGUUGUGGGGGGCCAGCGCUGACUAUGAUGACCAGGCCUCUUGUGAAUCCCUCUCAUCCUACCUCUCCUCCACCCUCAACCCUUACGUCACCAAUGUCACUGUGGCCGCUCAGCUCUGCAGCAACUUCCUGUGCCAGGGAAACGGCCGCUGUGUCCGCAAAAACUACAACUCCAAUCACUACCUCCACCUAAACCCUGAGAAUUUCAGGGUCUUGUAUAUUCGGAAACGCUAUCUAGUUCUAGGGAGACCUAACUUUGCAGACCUGAAGACUUUGAGCAGGAGAUUUACCUGCCAAUGCUACAAAGGACUGAGGUGCACUCCCAGGACAUACAGUGAGCUUGUGAAGGCCCUGAUAUUUAGUGUGAAACAAGGGCUGCACAAAAAAGCCCAUAUUCUGAAUAAAACUGUGCUGGAUGAUAGACAACAAGCUAGUAUUACUAAGGAUAAUGUUAAAAAGAACUUGAAAGUUUAGCUUGUUACAGUUUUCAGGAAACACAACACUUAAACCAAACCAUUCUGCAAUCUAGGGCUGGACACUGAAAUCCAGAUGAUCAAAGGGUGUCUUUGCAUGUUUGACCCAUAGUUUGAUUUGCAUGGCCAGUGAUUAAAAUGAAAAUACAGCAGGCUUGGCUCAGCUGGAGCGCACAUAAGCAGAUUGCCAUCACAAUGCAACCUCUAUGCUCACGGGGCUACUGGUUGAAGGGCUCUUCUUCUCAAUAGUUGUGCUAUGGCCUCCCAUCACUUAAAUACACUGGAAGAUUUAAAGUACUCAGGAAGCAUCACCUCAUCUAUAUCCUUCAUGCUGUGACCACUGACAGAAGGUAUCAUGUUGCAUAGUCUUGCCAAAGAACAGGGCUACCAUCAGGGGUUUGCCAACAGUUGAGUAUACCCUCAUCUCAGAUCAAACUUGGAGGAAACACUAAUACAGACUAUACUUUAUCAAACACACCAUAUUAUUCACAGUAGGCAUUUGCAUAUGAUUUGACUGUAUAUGUAAAUAAAUGAAGAGAGACAGAG